AUGAGGCUUCGCUGCUUUCUGCUGCCGCUCCUCGCCGCGCUCGCCGCCGGCAAGGCCAGCAGCGAAAGUGGGCAAUGCCCGCAGUUCAUGUAUCCACUGCUCCGCCACGCCAUGUCGUCGGCGAGGCGCGGCGCAGUUCUCGACGUGGGUGCCAACGGCUGCGAGGUGAUGGCUGCGCUCAAGGACGGCUGGCGCGUCGUGGGGGUGGCGUGCCUCGAAGCCGCAUACAACGAGCUGCGAAGCACUGCAGUCGGGGAGCACCCGAACGCGACUCUGCUGCACGUGUGCGCGAGCAGCGGCGCCAUCCGCAGCGCGCCAUCGCGAUACACUGCGGUGAUGAGCAAUGGGUCCGUGGUGCGGCUGCAGCUCGCCGAUCCAGGCGACGGCUACCUGCUGUGGCAGGCCAACACCGUGGCACCCCUGUUACCUCUCGACGAGCUUAUCCCCACGGAGGAGCGCGUCGCCGUCAUAAAGGUCGACGUGGCUGGCGCGCAGUUCCAGUACGAGGUGCUGCUCGGGCUGCUGCAGACCAUCGGCCGGGACCGACCGGUCAUCGGGUACGAGGAGGUUGGCGUCCGCCUCGAGAAGCAUGGCGACCCGAGCCACUACCUGAAGCAGCUCGGCUACGCCUGCCACCCGCACGGCGAGAACAAACACCAGCGGCUGUGGCAGUUGAGGACGCUCUCGGUCAAGACGCGUGACUGUGCGCUCGUCGCGCUCGCCGUGCAGGCGUCCUUCCAGAUCGUGUCCAUGGCGGCGGCGCGGCGGCCGCACCAGCCUCGAUUCCUGGCCUCUGCCGCCGUCGUUAGCGCCGAGGCGCUCAAGAUCGGCGUGAGCGUGGCGAUCCUGCUGCGCGAGCAGGUGCGCGGUGGCGAGGCGGCGCUGUCAGUCCUUUGGAGGCAGGUCGUGGUUGACUGGCGCGGCACUCUCGCCCUCUUCCCUCCGGCGCUCAUCUACCUCGUGCAAAACAACCUGCUCUACCUCGCGGCCGCGCACCUCGACGCCGCGGCGUACCAGGUGCUGUACCAGCUCAAGCUGCUCACCGCCGCCCUCUUCUCCGUGCUCCUGCUCGGCCGCCGCCUCUCUCCCCGCCGGUGGGGCGCACUGCUCGUCCUGUUCGUCGGGGCACUCCCCAGAUGCAGUGCACACGGACCCGUGCCCUGUCCACACCUCGAGAGCACGCAUGCCGCUGCGGCGGGCGUCUGGACCGAGGCGCGGGUCAAGCGCACCGCCCAUGUCAGCGUGGCGGUGCGCAACGUCCAGCUCGGUCUCGCCUCCCUCGCCGCCGGGGCUUGCUCCGUCUGCUGGCUCGACGCCGAGGCGGUGCGGCAGCGUGGCCUCUUCGCCGGCUUCACCCCUCUCGUGUGGCUCGUGGUGCUGCAGGUCGCCGCGGGCGGCUUGAUCAUCGGCGUCGUGCACAAGCACGCGGACAACAUCGCCAAGGGUUUCGCGACAUCGCUCUCCAUCCUCCUCUCCUCGGCCCUCUCCGCGCUGCUGCCCUCGCUCCGAUUCUCGCCCAGCCCGCGCUUCUUGCUCGGCGCCGUGCUGGUGGUCGCCGCGACCGCGGUGUACUGCCUCAGCACCGACGCGCCCUCCGGCGAGCGGCAGCGGAGAGAACGAUGA